AUGACAGCGGAACUCGAAUCCAGCAAUGUCGGCAACUCAAAUCAGGAAGCAAAACCUGUCCAGCUUUUGGAUGAUGAAGCAAACAAAAAUCUGCCAGUCAAAAAGGGGACUGCCUGUUGCAAUGGCUUGAAGGUAUUUCUCGCUGCUUUAUCAUUCAGCUACUUCAGCAAAGCAUUGUCUGGGACCAUUAUGAAAAGUUCCAUCACUCAGAUUGAACGAAGGUUUGACCUGACGUCCUCUACUGUUGGUUUCGUCGAUGGGAGCUUUGAGAUGGGUAACUUGCUGGUGAUUGCAUUUGUAAGCUACUUUGGAGAUAAACUUCAUAGGCCCAAAGUAAUAGCUGCUGGAUGUUUUACUAUGAGUUUGGGAUGUCUUUUAACAGCAAUGCCUCAUUUCUUCAUGGGAUACUAUAAGUAUGAGACAGCAUCACAUACAGUCUCUUCAGACAACUCAACCGGCAGCACAAAUCCCUGUUCCCUCCAUCAUGGUGUGAAUGGAAGCUUGUUGGAAUUCUCUCAAUCAGGCUGUCAGAAGGAACCGUCAUCAUAUACGUGGAUAUAUAUCCUUCUGGGAAACAUGUUACGUGGAAUUGGUGAGACACCAAUAACACCAUUGGGCAUCUCUUAUCUUGCUGAUUUUGCUAAAGAAGAGGACAUUUCAGUGUACGUAGGAUGUUUGCACACUAUAGCCAUGUUGGGCCCAAUGUUUGGUUUCCUGUUGGGAUCUUUAUGUGCAAAACUGUACGUGGAUAUUGGAUUUGUAGAUUUAGGAAGCAUCACUAUCACCCCACAAGACUCCCGCUGGGUGGGUGCAUGGUGGCUUGGUUUUUUAAUAGGUGGAAUAGUCAAUUUCCUAGCAGCUCUUCCAUUUUGCUUUCUGCCAAAGAGUCUAAAGAAGCCAGAGGAAGCCAAGGAUGUCCAAGCUUCAUGUCAUCUUUUGGAAAAUACAGACUCUACAAGGAAGGCACUUCCUACAAAACCUAUGGCAAGGAAGUGGUCAGUAAUGCUGAAAGAUUUCUGUACCUCCCUGAAAAAAGUAUUGAGUAAUCGAAUGUACUUUACAUUUUUGUGUUGCUCGCUGCUACAGUUCAAUAGCUUUAUUGGUUUCAUCACUUACAAAGCAAAAUACCUGGAACAGCAGUAUGGACAAUCAGCAUCUAAAUCUAACUUUCUAAUAGGAUUAACAACCUUACCUCCUGUGGGUAUUGGGAUUUUUCUAGGAGGGCUCAUAAUGAAAAGGUACAAAAUGGGCAUAAUUGAAGCAACCAAGUUUGCAUUUACCAUGUCAUUUUUUGCCUACGCCUUCAGUCUCUUGCACUUUUUUGUUGGCUGUGAGAACCAUGUGACACCAGUAGAGGGGAUGUGUGCCAGGAUCUGGCUGUCCAAGGGGCCCAGUGACCACACUAGCAUACAGGUUGUCACUGCCCAAAGUCCCUCAUGGCUACUCAAACCCAUUCCAUACAAUGAAAAUUCCAUAUUUUCUGAGUGCAACUCUGAUUGCAAAUGUGCCUCCAAUGUGUGGGACCCUGUGUGUGGAGACAACGGAAUCACAUACGUUUCAGCAUGUCUAGCUGGGUGCAAGACUUCAGUGGGACAUGGAAGGAACAUGGUUUUCCGUAACUGCAGUUGUCUUGAAGCCAGUUCAUGGACAGGAAAUAACUCUGCCACCUUGGGGCAAUGUCCAAAAAGUGAGGAUUGUUCAAAGAAGUUCAUUUAUUAUACAGUGAUACAAGUCAUAGGUGGCUUUUUUUAUGCCUUGGGAGGCACCCCAUCAUAUGUAAUUAUGUUUAGAUGCGUUCACGCAGAGUUGAAAUCUCUUGCAGUUGGUCUAUACAUGCUCGUUAUGAGAGUGCUAGCUGGGAUUCCAGCACCAGUUUAUUACGGUGCACUGAUAGACAAGACCUGCUUGAAAUGGGGAAGCACAAGCUGUGGGCAGCGAGGGGCUUGCAGGUUAUAUGACUCCAAUGCAUACAGGUAUGUCUACCUUGGAUUGUCAGCAGUGUUGAGAGGUCCUGCCUACUUGAUUGCAAUAGUGUUUUAUAUAUUAGUAAAGAAACACUUUCAAAAUAAGGACUCCAGGCCUGUAGAGAAUGGAGGAAGAGAGGAUACUCCUAUGAACAGAGAUGGUAAUUGUGAGAACAAAGAACGUUUGCCAGGUUCUACUGAUGCAGAGAAUGAAUCAUGUAUUUAG